AUGGCGGACACAACUUCUCUGCCUACAAACUGGGAAGUCAAUGCUCUCUUCAGCGUCUUUAUCUUUAAUCAGAUUUCGGGCAAUUAUCUUUCUUCAACAGGAAGAACGCUUUGUUUCCAAGCAACAAAGUCCGAAUGGGGAAUUUCAAAAUUUAUCUCUAGAAAGGUUUUGUCUGAUCCAUCAAAUGGAUACAUAAUCGAUGACAGCUGUGUGUUUGUUGCUGAAGUUUUUGUGGUCAAAAGAGAAGCAGCCAUUGAACGUGUGUUAUUGACGAAUGUCAAUACUUAUUACAAUCAUGCUUUGGAGAUUUCGGGUUUCUCCCAACUGCCCCAAAGAUGGGUGUCUGAAGAAUUUGAUGCUGGAGGCCAAAAAUGGAAAAUCCUUCUUUACCCAAAAGGAAAUGCAGAAGGAACUGGCAUGACAAACCAGUUUGAUGAUAAAAAAACUAGACGAUAUUUUUUUAGUUACUAG